UUUCAAUCGCACACAGGUUGGCUUCCCUUUCCAAACUACUAGGGCAAUUCCACUAGGGCAAGAGGCUACCUUGCUCCCUCUUUUGUUCCUAUUUACUUAUGACACCGACUGAGCUAAGGAUGGGCUCGGGAAUUUGGGAAUGAAUGGCAAGAGUGGUGUGUCCCCAGAGUGGCUGAGCUGGGCCAUAGGUCGCCCGCAGAACAGCCCCUAUCUGGGGAAUUCUAGCCCGAGGUCCCGAGCUCCCCGCAGCUCAGGCUGGGGACUCUGUACCUGGGAGGCGAGUCGCGCGCUGGGCCCGCCUCCCGGGUGCCAGAGCGACCCCGCCCGCCCGGGCAGCGUCCCUGCUAGCUAGGCUGCAGCGGCUGCCGGGCUGGAACCCGAGAGCAGGUGGGGGCGACGGCCCCGCCUCCUCGUCCCAGCAACACCAGAGCUGGGCCGGGCAAGAGCAAGACACACGGAGCGCAGCGGCUGCACUGGCUCCGCCUUGGAGCACGGGCGCUGCGGGACGGAGUCCGGAACCGGCAGGCGACGGCGGGAACGGCGGCGGGAGCUCGAGACCAGCCUGACUCAGCACGGCCAGCGGCAGAGCAGAAACGACUCUCUUGGGACCAUUUAUUAGCAAGACACACCAACACUGUGACAUAUGCCCGUGCCGCCACCACCACCGCCUCCUUUGCCUCCACCUCCUCCGCCCCCGGGGGCUCCUCCCCCUCCCCCUCCAUCAGCACCCCCGGUUAACACAGACACUUCCAGCUUGGGAAAGGCAGAUCCGAAAGGUCGGAGUGCACUGUUGGCUGAUAUCCAGCAAGGAACUCGCCUGCGAAAAGUCACACAGAUCAAUGAUCGCAGUGCCCCACAAAUCGAAAGUUCCAAGGGAACCAACAAAGAAGGCGGAGGCCCUGUGAACUCCCGAGGAGGAAGCACACCCCCAGCCCUGGGAGAUCUCUUUGCUGGUGGCUUUCCUGUAUUGCGACCAGCAGGCCAGAGAGAUGCUGCAGGUGGCAAAGCAGGGCAGGGCCCUGGCUCGCGCUUGCCUUCCCCCAGGCUGCCCACCAAAACCCUCAGCGGCGCCCUGAACCCUCCUGCGUCUCCCCGGCUGGGCACCGCCUCCGAGGGGCCCGGAGCCCCGAGAACAGUCCCUCCGCGACCCAGCGUGCCCGCCCCGCCGCCGCCGCCGCCGCCGCCCCUGCCUCCACCUCUGCCCCCUUCAUCUCCCAGCAAAACCCCGCUGGUGUCCCCCCCAGGCCCGCCGAGCAAAGGGAGCCCCGCUGUGGCGGCGCCGCCUCUCCCCUGCACGCCCCCGCCUCCACCCCCGACUCCACCCCCGCUGCCUCCUGCCCCCGCACCCAAUGACAAGGCGGUGAGGCCCCCACUGGCCCCCUUGCACCUGCCGCCCGUCCCGCCCCCGCUCCCGCUCCUCCCGCCUUGUGGGUAUCCGGGGCUCAACUCGGAGCCCGCCAGCCCCGCCCAGGAGGUGCGGGAGCUCCCGGCCCCGCCACCCCCUCCCCCGCCCCCUCCGCUGCCCCCCUUCGCAACGUGCUCCCCCAGGGCUUCUGCACCUGCGCCCCCGGCGCCAGCCGCCAACUGCAGCACCGAAGCCCCUCCGCCGCCGCCCCCUAAGUCCCCCAGCUUCCAGGCCCAGCCGCAGAAGGCCAGCGUGCAAGCCUUGCCCGCGCCGCCCGGCCCUCCAGGGUCGCAGCCGCUCGUGCAGAAGAAGAGGAUUGGCCGAGGCCCAGGGACCGGUGGAGGAAAACUAAAUCCACCUCCUGCACCCCCCGCAAGAUCCCCCACCACAGAGCUUUCCAGCAAGAGCCAACAGGCCCCAGCCUGGACCCCCACCCCACAGCCUGGAGGCCAGCUGCGAAACGGAAGCCUGCACAUCAUCAACGACUUCGAGUCUAAGUUCACGUUCCAUUCUGUGGAAGAAUUUCCCCCUCCAGAUGAAUACAAACCAAGCCAGAAGAUUUACCCCAGCAAGAUCCCCAGAAGCCGCACUCCUGGUCCCUGGCUCCAGGCCGAGGCAGCAGGGCAGAGCUCCGAUGACAUCAAAGGUAGAAAUUCUCAGAUGUGCAGAUAAAAGAGGUGGGCAGUCAUGGUUGCAUCUUUUCUCCUAUUGUUCUAAGCUCCUCCCCUUCUGGCUGAAGUGACUUACUAAGGAUUAUUUUUUCCUUCCCUUCAUUUUUCUCUCUUUUCCCUUUUGGGAGCCAAGCAUUAAAAAAAAGUUUUUACAGUAAGAUAUUUGACAGUAACUUCGUAUCUGGGGAGAAUUGGAAAGUGAGCGUGUAUGCCUGGGAAAGGCGCAGGCUCAGGAAACACCUAGGACCUCCUGUGUGCACCUCAGGCUGAUUCGUGGCACAGAGACAACCAGUGACAAUCCAAAAAAUAAAAUAAAAUAGAAACAAUAAUGGAAAAAAUAAAAAAUGCAACCCCCAAGGAAGAGAAAGAAUCUGAUUUCCAGGGUUACUGCACUAUUUGAUUCAAAUGUAUAGUUUUCAACAAAAACACAAGUUAUAUGAAGAAACGGGAGUAGGGUUCAUUCAAAGGAAAAAAUAAACCAACAAAAACCACCCCUGCAAAAGACCUGAUGGCAGAUCUGCCAAAGACUUUAACACAGCUGCCUUUAGUGAUGUGCAAAGAAAGGGAAGGUGUCGAAACUCAGGAAAGUUAUGUCUAAACAAAAGGGAAACUCAAUAAAGAGACAGAAAAAAAAGGAGGGCAGGGCAUGCCCCUCUGUGCAAAGGUCCUGGGUUCAUCCCCAGAACCCUAAAAGAAGGCAGAUUUGAACUGGCAAAAGAAUGAAUCAGUGAACUUGGAGGUAGGACAGUCAAAAUUGAGUCUGAAGUCAGAAAUUCUAAAAAGAUCCACAGUGAACAGAACCUAGGAGACCUGUGGGACACCGUCAGGUGAACCAACACAUUUACUGUGGGAUUUUUACAAGGAAAAGAGAUAGAAGAGGAUAGAAAGAACACUCGAAGAAAUAAUAGCUGAAAAAGCACCCAAAUUUGAUAAUAAGCAUGAAUAUAAACUUCCAAGAAGCUCAACAAACUAAGUAAGAUUAACCCAGAGUCUUACAUCGAGAAACACCGUAAUUAAACUUCUGAAAGACGAUGAGGAUUUUAAAAGCAGCAAGAAAAAAUCAGCUUGUCACAUACAAUCUUAUCCUUGAUAAGAGUGUCAGCAGAUUUUUUUUUUAUCAGAACUUUGGAGGAGAGAAGGUAGGAGGCCAAUAUAUUCAGAGACUAAAGAAAAAAGCUGUCAGCCAAGAAUUCUACUAUAUGUGCCUAAACUAUCCUUCAGAAGUGCGGGAUAAAUUAAAGUAUUCACAGAUAAAUGAAAGCGGAAGGAAUUUUUCUUACUAGACUUGCUGUUCUUCAGGAAAUUUAUUACCUUCUCUUUCCUUAAUGUCCUAUGCAACUACAGAGCUUGAGAAUGACCCAGUUUAGACAUUGGCACUGGGUUAUCGUGGAUUUUUACUUUCUUCUUAGUGUACUUCUGCAAUUUCCAUACUUACUACUGUUAAGAUUAUUAAAAAAUAUAAUUCUUAUAAUCAUAGUCCCAUACCUUUAUAUGGCUCUUUACAUUUUUCAGUUAGCUUGUCUGAUCCUUUUAAGAACCCUAUGAACAAGCUGGAAAGACAGCUUUAAUGGCAUUUUUACAAAAGAGAAAACUGCAACCCAGAGAGUCUAGCAGCUUGUGCAAGGUCAUAUGAACACACUUUCUGACCUCUGUCCAGUGCUCCUGACAUUGAACCUCCCUGUUUAUCCCGGUGUGUUAGAAUCUCCAGGGAUAAAUGCCAUCUUCACCACCAGUGUGGCAGGGCUGUGGGACAUUGUGCAGAAUCUGGUCCCCACCCUCAUGACAAGCGCAUGCCUAAAUCAGCCCAGACUGAUGAUUUUUAUCUCUGACCAUGAUUGUGCAGUAAAGGAUGGAUUAUGAAUUCUCCUGUGUGCAUCCCACAGUCAAGAUCUUUUAUGUCUCAACGGAGACCUCCUCAAUUCAUUCUCAGUGCACCAAAACACAGAGCAGUGCCCAGAAAAAUCACUGGUUCUAGAUAUCGAGCAAUGGCUCAGUGAAUGCUCUUUUUAUGGAUACAGUGAGCACUUCAUGGGUGGGAGACCUGGGCUGGAAGUCUGAGGCCUGGGCCCCUUUCUCCCUUUUCUUUUACCUUCACCUGGUACCUUCAGAAUAUUCUUUGUGUUCCUUGAGUGUCUUCCAACUGAAUUGCUGAUGCUCGGUCCCAUAAAUGUUUAUAAGACAGCAUUACGUCCCCGCAUAUAAGCUCCAUUUGCCAUAUUGUCUGUUUGCCCACCCACAACCCCUUGGGUAAAAUCAGCUCUUUACAUGGGUUGGAACCAUCUCCCCAACCUUGAUGUCCUUGUAUGAGUGAGGCAAAACCUUGGGCAAGUCUUUUGUGUGCAGUGUGUCUUCUCGCACCACCCAGCAAUGUUCUGCCAUGUUU